UGAACUACGGAUGACCCACAUCUUCACUAGAAGGCCUUUCUCACUCUCCCAUCUAUCCAGGGGUCCUCAUUCGUGAAUCCCCUUAACCACGUAUACCUGCAAUUGAGAUCUAUAUCCGCGGAAAGGUACAUCACAUGUUGACAGUGAACAACACUUGAUAUGAAAGAAAAAAAUGACCACUCACCAAAAACUUCGAACCAUGAGUUGGAGUCUAACGAGGAAACGGGAGUGAAUAGUCCUGCGGAGUCGGACGCCUCCUCUCCUUCGUGUGGUGAACAGCCAAAGCAGCCACGAUCGUCACCAGAAUCGUCUAAGGUGCUACGAAAUGUGCCCGACAAAGGACCACAGGAGGCCUCCACGGAUGGGAAGCCUAUUGCCACUACGGCAAAAAAUGAAAUGUUUGCAGAACCCGCUCAAGAUAUUCCAUUCCCAACGGAACUGCAGCGAACUGCGCAGAGUACACCAGGGGCUUUUCCGCAAAUUGGAAUGGGAAGUACGAGAAGCAGCGAGACGCCAGUGACCCCGCACUCCGCUCCGACCCGCGAUGGUUCCCAGCGUUCCGGAUCGGCGGAAGAGGAUUUUUCCAGUGCCGGCGAACCGCCGCUGUUGGCGGCGACUCUGGUGGAAGAUACCCCCGAGCGAAGUGAUACGACAGGGACUACCGGGCCCAACGAAGCAGAAUCGGACAAACUGAUGGUCGUGGCUGUGGCCGAGCCUGUGGAGCAACGAACCGAUACAGAGAAGGCAGCGUUUUCUCGAGGAGCCUCUUCGAAACGUUGGCGCAUGUUGUAUGGAGCAUUGCUGAUAGCCGGGGUAGUCGCGCUGGCCGUGGGGGUGACCCUGGCAUUGACGAUACAAACGUCAUCGGGGUCAUCAACAACAUCGUCUUCGUCAACAGCACUCGGGAGCCCCAACGGCACCAAUGCUUCCGUGCCGGAUGAUACCAAUACCCCCCUUCUCAACGAUACCAAUACCAACGACUUCAACGAGGACGUUGAGCAACCCAUUCCCGGCAAUAUUCCAUCUAGCGCGCCGGGAGGACCCGUCGUACAGAGCACCCACCUGGUAGCUUGGGAAAGUAGUUGCAUGGACGAAAAGGUAACUGCAGAAAUCCAAUGUGGAACUAAUGAAAUUUUGUCGGUCCAAGAAGCAAGAAUCGCAGAGUGUACGAUUCAAUCGGAUCAAGGCUCGAACAGGGCGAUUUGCCUGCCUUUAACUAUGAAUGGUACCAUUGAAAGCCUUGAGAGUGCCAAUGGCAAUGAUGUACGAGAGAUAGCCAUGGUUCUGUUUCAAUGUACCGGAGUGGAAGAUCGUCCCAACGGUCCAGUCCGAGCGCGCUUGGUCCCAACCAGAAAUGUUGAUACAACUGCUCCUGCAAACAUGGACUGGCUCUGUGUCAGAUUUAACGAGAAUCUCCAGUCGGCCAUUGCCGAUACAGUUCCUGCCACCGCUAUGGCUGACUUUGAAGUCGAGCUUUAUAUAGUAUUAGGUGACUUUUGUCUGGAAAGACGCAGUCAAGGCGACAUCAACGCUGUCCGCCACCGGCUUCGUACCAAUACGCGUCGACAACUUGUCGAAAGCAAUGUUAGUGACGUGGAAGUCGAGAACGCCACCGGAGAUGACACGAGUGAGGGCUGGAGACUACAAAGUUUCGUACCGGGUUCGUGCCAGCUCCCCGCCCGCAAUCUGUUGAUGGACGCGGAAGCGACCGGUGCUGCCGAGAACGAGUGGCUCCAGGUGUGCUACGCAUUCGACAAUGACGAUACUGGAGACGACGAUGACGACGGCAAUGAUGCGAACGAAGACGAGCUGGUCGUAGUGCACGCGUCGGUCUCCUGUCGACACGAGAUUGGUCUUGGUCCCAGCAGGGCGGCGGUAUGGAACGAAUUCGAACGACGCAUUCGUCCCCCAUUGAUUUGGCGAGAAUUGUGGAGCACAACCAUGACUGGAGUGUAGAUUCUUCACGGCGUUUGGCACGUGCGUGGUUGCGGGAAUUUUGGUAGAUAUUGGAUACGUGAGGAACGGGCGUAUACAGACUGUACCGACAACCAUU